AUGAGAAUUUGUCUGCUAUGGAAGAAUAUCGCUGAGUCUAACGAAUUACUUAUUUAUGCUAAUAAUGCGUCAACAUCUGAACUGCUUAAAUGUUUAGGAAUUUUCCUACGUGACCGUUGUUGUAAGCUGCAAGAUUUUCAAGCAGGUGAUGCCGUCAUGUGGCUGAGAGCUGUCGAUAGAAGUCUGCUGUUGCAAGGGUGGCAGGAUAUUGCGUUCAUCAAUCCCGCUAAUGUUGUAUUCGUUUACAUGCUGGUACGCGAGAUAGUUGAUGGUGACGAGACGAAGGAACUUGACUUACAAGCAAAGGUCCUAACUUGCUUGUAUUUGUCUUAUUCUUACAUGGGAAAUGAAAUAAGUUAUCCAUUAAAGCCUUUCCUUGUGGAAGAAUCAAAGGAGAAAUUUUGGGAUCGAUGCCUUCUCAUCGUAAACAAAAUGAGUUCAAACAUGUUGCGCAUUAAUGCCGAGCCAGGAUAUUUCACAGAAAUAUUUACAGAGCUUAAAGCUUGUGGCAUGCGAAGUGCUUCAAUUGAAAAUCAAUUAAACAACAACCACAUGAUUAGUCCAAGUUCACAUAUUACCAACAAUAUGCUGAACAACAAUUUAAAUAAUUUGAGCAUCAGUUCGCAUAAUAAUAAUAACAAUAAUAAUAGUAACAAUGGCAGCAAGGGUUCAUCAAACGUCAAUAUUGUUUCACCCACGACGGCAAUGAACAAUUUGAAUAAUUUAAAUAACAAUCACUUGAGUCAAUCAAAUGGAAACUUACAAUAUGGUUCCGUUUGA